AUGUGCGAGCACAAUCUUCUUAGUUCUGGGUAUGUUGCUCCCCUUUUGAAUUUUCACUCUUCCGACUCCCUGUACCUCCAAAACUUGCGAGGCAAUGGAGUCCAUCUAUCUGGGCUUCCACAGAUGUCUUACAGUAGAAGAGAGGUGUGCUCGUUCCCGUGGACUUCUCCAAAUUCGUGCACUACUCCGGCCCAGAGCCGCGCCUACAGUGGCUACUCUCAGCCGUUUUUUAGCAAUUCAGCCGCUGUGAGCGCUAGCCUCAACACUCACAAAAAGGGCUCACUGGAGGAAUCCGGGAGGUACUGCUUCCAAGAUGUCAGCCACAAAUCAGAGGAGCCUGCACGACCUAAUGCAGCUUACGCAAGUGAACAGAGACUCACUACUGACUCCACCAGCAAUGAAGUUUUAAACUUGGAAAGGCGACAGCAGAACAGGGUUGCACAGAAUCAACUUAACUUCAUUGACCAGCCAGUGACUGAUGCUUCAAAGCAGUCUGUCAGCUCCAUCGCUCAAUUUCAACCAUCACUGAACACCCCGACUAUUAGAUCAUCCUUCUCCGAUGGACUGCCGUGGUGUCCAUCACAGGUGAGAUCAAGAAAAAAGAGGAAACCUUACACGAAGCCUCAGUUAGCCGAACUGGAGAACGAAUUUAUGAUGAAUGAAUUUAUAAACCGACAGAAACGAAAGGAGCUUUCGGACAGAUUGGAACUGAGUGAUCAGCAAGUGAAAAUCUGGUUUCAGAACCGCAGGAUGAAGAAAAAAAGACUUAUGAUGCGCGAGCAUACCUUCACUGUUUACUAAUUUUUUUUAUUUUUUUUUAUAUAAUAACAGUCAAGGAUUUCUUUUUUAGGUGGUGACAUCAUUCAUACUGAUCAUUCACAGGUUACUUUUAUGACGGAGAUGAAAGUCCACCAAACCCCUCUGGAAAGGAUUAUCUCCCGAACACCUAUUAAAUGUCAUUUAAUAUUAAAGCUGAAUAGGCUAUUGAAUAAUUAAAGCUGAACAAUUUUAAAUUGAUAUUUAUUAGCCAUGAAGUCGCUGCAUUUGUAUGUGUCUGGUGUAUGUUUUUGGUGGAAAAAGGGUAAUUCUAAAGUUGUAAUGUUAGCUUGCUAUAUAUUGUCUAAAAAGAAUGCUUUGUAGUUUAAAACCGCAGCAAAAUUUAGAGUAGGAACGUCUUGUGUAUAUUGGGUUCACAACAUACAUUCUGGCGUCAUUUAAACGUACACUGGGCAGCUAACAUAGCAAACUGAAUGGGGUCAAUAAAUUGUCAGACAU